CGUACACACACACCUUCACACAGUCAUUUAUAUAACACACUGUCUCACAAAGAAAAUCAAACAAUCUCCCCACAUGCUCGCACAGAAAAACUGACUCUCUCUUCUGCUCGGCAGAUUGAUGCCCACGAGGACGACGUGAAUGCGGUGGCGUUCGCCGACAGCUCGUCCCAGCUGCUCUUCUCUGGCAGCGACGACGCGCUGUGCAAGGUGUGGGACAGACGGACGCUGAGGGAGGACAGACCGCAGCCUGUCGGACAGCUGGCCGGACACCGAGACGGCAUCACCUUCAUUCACAGCAAGGGAGACGCACGCUAUCUGAUCAGCAACUCCAAGGACCAGUCCAUCAAGCUCUGGGACAUCAGGAAGUUUUCCCCCAAAGAGGGGCUGGCAGCUUCCCGUCUGGCUGUCACGCAACAAAACUGGGAUUACCGCUGGCAGCAGGUUCCCCAGAGAGCCCUGAAGAGACACAAGCUGACAGGCGACACCUCGGUGAUGACGUACCGCGGUCACGGCGUUCUGCACACCCUCGUCCGCUGCCGUUUCUCUCCAGAGUUCACCACCGGGCAGAGGUUCAUCUACUCUGGCUGCUCCACUGGCAAAAUCAUCAUUUAUGACGUUCUGACGGGCAGCGUGGUCUCCAGACUGUCGGGCCAUGAAGCGUGUGUGAGGGACGUCAGCUGGCACCCGUACGAGGACAACAUCAUCAGCAGCUCUUGGGACGGAGCGGUGCGAAUGUGGGAGCACAGAGAGACCCAUCCGCUAGAGGAGGAGAGAGAGCGGGAGAGAGACUGUCCGGCGACGGACAAAAACCUUUAAGGCGGCGAGAGAAGAAGAAGAAGAAGAAGAAGAAGAAGAAGACGAGACAGAAAUGAAAAGAUGAGGAAAUGACCUCACUGCAGAAAGAGCCUCGCUGACCCUAACGAAGGAAGACAAUAAGCCCUGAAGAACUGGGAGACUUAAACAUCGUUUACAUUCAAUGCUGGAUAUUAUUGAUUUCAAUUAUAACGAGUUGAAAAGUGUAAAUCUGGAGGGCAAUGAAGCCUAACAUCCAAGUGCAGAUUAGGACUCAGUGGGACGGCCUGCUUCUGUUUUUGCCUCACUGUCAACAAGCCAAAGCUUCUAAACUUGGCCCAGGAAAACGUGCUCAGACAUGUAGCACGGCCCUUACUUAAUGAGCAACGAAAAAAUGAAUGGUAAGUUAGUUAUAUAGAAAUCGAUUUUGGGUGACGCAGGGACAAACUGACGAGGGUAAUUCUGUAUAAAUGUAUAGUAUUUUAAUGGUAUGUGCAUUCAGGGAGGGGGUUUAGAUUGUUGUCAGUGUGCUGAUUAGGAUGUUGAUGUUAUUAAUGACAUAAGCUGUGUCCUAUUUGAGGGGCUGUCAAGUUAAAGGCUGGUUAUAUUAUAUGAAGCCAGCACAUUAUUUACCAAUUGCCCCAAAUUAGGGAAACUUCCUAGUGGUCAACAUCCUAUUUCGUUUUCCAUUAAACCAAGUUGACCGGAAAACCCGUAUCGUGACUUUUACUUGCAAUUUCCUAAUGAUUUUAUGUUCAAACCUCUUAAAACUGUCUCAAGUUUAAACACAACCCCUCUAGUAAACACAGCGAUGGUCUGAAGUCUUAUUAUUGAUCAUGUGUCAGCACUCUACUCUGUAAAACAAGCCCUGGGUGUAAAACAAGUAGUUUUGUUUGCCAAUAUAAACCUCUGAUCUGUUUCAAAGAUUUGAAUGUGUGUGAUAAUAGGUAUUACUUUGUGAAGGGACUGGAUCAAAACGUACACACUGAUCUGUAUAUGCAAUUUCCAGGUGUUCAUAGGUCACUCUCAGAACAUUGUUUUACAGUAACAAUAAAAGCUUUCUUUCAAUGUA